UGUUAAUCGCUUUUAAUGUGGCAUUUAUUAUAAAUGCGUUCGUUCUUGGCAUUAUAGGAGGUUUAGUGUAUGCCACUAUGUCAAGUUGUUCUAUACUUUAUGGAAAGGAACUUAAAUAUUCAUCGUUAUUUAUUUUUUGUUCCUGUUAUAUUAUUAUUGCGAUCUCAAUUUUAGGAUGUUGUGGCGCCGCCAAAAAGAAAAUCACAUUACUUAAUACGUUUACGACAUUCCUAGCUUGUCUUUUAAUAUUGGAAAUGGUGGCAGGAUCUCUAGCAGCAUAUUACAAUCAAAAUUUUAGGAAUGGGUUUAAAGAAAUUUUAAUGAAAUCCAUAAAAAAUCCAACCCCCGCUACAACAAAAUGUUGGAAACGCACCCAAUUUCAAUUUAAAUGUUGCGGAGUGGAUAGUGUCGAAGAUUGGGGCGAUAAGGUACCCAACAGUUGCUAUGACAACGUAACAGGAACCAACGAAAAAAUACUUCACGAAUAUGGUUGUUAUAAUCGGGUUGAAGAAUAUUUGGAAGGCCAAGCAACCACAAUUAUUGGUAUCACAUUCGGGCUUAUUUUAAUUAAAGUUUUGGGAAUAUUCUUAUCCAGAUGUUUGGUUGUUGGAAUGAAAAAACAUAAAUUUUUAAAUAUAUUGAUUACAGAAGAAUAAUAGUUUAUAACCCCCCUGAAAAUAUAUUUUUUUUUCAAAUAUAAAUACAUAUUAAACAUACACGAAUAAUACUCUAUUGUUUACUUGUAUCAAGCCUACUCAUUUAAGUUAUAAUCUAAACACACUUUGAUAUAUUAAGA